GCUGAUGAACACAGACAGGAACAGACACAUCAUUAUCUGGGGAGGACAAAUAGCAACCAGAAAUGUUGCCUAUGUGGGCAGAAGUGUCUGCGCCACAGCACCAGAGUGUUGGACACUCAGGUGAUGAUCAGUCCAUCUCAGGAACAGGUUCAUUCUGAGGUGUUUGCUCUGCUGUCCAGGGAAUCGGCCCAUAAGCUGUUAAUCUUGGCUGGCCAAAGCGUGGAGGAAAGUGGAGACCUGCUGUUUCACAGAGGACUGUUUUCACCACAGCAACUGAAACAAAUACUAACAGAGCAGUUCAUAGAUCAAGAGAGCUCCACCUCUUCCUCCGAACUCAGUCUGACCCUCAGCUGUCCCAACAUCGGCCAGUGGAGGAAGACCCUCUUGGGAAACCAGCCUCUGAAGGGUCCUUUCACACUGCACAUAAAUCCCCCAGAGGUGCUGCCUGCCAUGGAGGCUCUGGGGGAAUUCACCUCCCUCAUCUCCGGUACUCUUUCCCCUCCAUCUCCCUUCGACCUCCUGCCUCCUCCCACCACCGUGGGUUUUCUCAAGCUGUCCCGCCCCUGCUGCUACGUGUUCCCCGCCGGCCGCGGUGACUGUGCCUUUUUUGCCGUUAACGGGUUCACGGUGCUGGUGGACGGCGGCUCGGACGCUCAGGCCUGUUUCUGGAAGCUGGUCCGACAUCUCGACCGAGUUGAUGCAGUUUUGUUGACGCACAUUGGGAUAGAAAACCUCCCCGGGGUCAACGUCUUCCUGGAGAGGAAGGUGGCUGAGCUGGAGCUGAGCUCUGAUAUCAAAGAUGACUCGUCUAAGAGGCUCAUCUCCCCAGAGCUUGGAGUCGUGUUCUUUAACGCCCCCAGCAAGCUGCAGGUUGAAGAACAGACUUGUGAGGACAAUGUACUGAAGAGCACACACCAGGCGGCCCUAACCCUACAGCUGUUGAAGAAGUUAGACAUCAGACCACAGCCAUUGUUUCGCCCGCAAGGGGUUCCCAUUGAACCGCUAACCCUGUUCCAGAAGAUGGGAGUGGGACAGUUGGAUUUAUACAUCCUCAGCCCCGGCAAAAACAGCCAGGAGUACCAGACACUCAUGCAUAACUGGCCUGAUACAGUGUCAUCAGCAUCCAAAUCCGAAACUCUCCCACUCACCGCCCUGGCUUCAGUGUCUGCCCUGCUGGUGUGGCACCCAGCGUGUCCCCAGGAGAAGGUGGUCAGGGUGCUGUUUCCUGGUGUUACCCCACAGGCAAAGCUGCUGCUGGGGCUUGAGAAGCUGAAGGGGCUGGCCUUCCUCCAGAAACCCACAGUGACCACCGGGGACAUGGAGAGACUGGGGGAGGACAGAAAGACCAAGAGGAGAGAGAGCCAAGACAGUGGCAGGUCCAAAUAUGGAAAAGAGUCAGGAGUUAAAGAGGAUGGAAAGGAGGCAAAGGUUAGGGAAAAAGGAAAAGUAUUAAAUGGAGUCACUUCAAGAGAUGCUGAUAAAACAAGAAUCAAAGAAACAGGUGUGAGGCAAAAAGGAGCAUUGUCAGAGAAGAAUACCUCAAACAAAGUAGGAAGGAAGGAUGGGAAAAAGGAGGAUAAGCCUGGGAAUAACCAGGAGAAUGGUGUUAUGAGGAACGAUCAGGGGAAAAAGGAUGUUCUUCCUUCCAAACCAAAGAAUGAAAAUAAAACUAAGCUCAAAAAGGAAGCAAAAAAUGACUCUAAAACAGGGGUGAAGAAAACAAGAAAACCAUCAGGAAAGGAUGCAAAUAAUGUAAAGAAGGUAAAUGUAAACACUGCAACAAAACCUGACACUGGGAGUGUGUCGGAAAUCCCACAGCCAGUGGGACUUGAUACAGAGCAGCAGAAUCAAAAACCAGAGAAAGAGUCUGAAGAGAACCCCUGUGGCUCCAAGUUGUCUACCCCUGAGGAUAUGACUGCUGAUUUUCUCAGGCUCCGGGAGGAAACUGAAAGAAGUGAGGCGCAGGUGGAAACAGCAGAUAAGGCAAAGCAAAAAAGCAGUGAGUCAGGAAAUGAAAAGAGCCUUGGCGGUAUGAGCACAGAGAAGAGUAUUGUGGCUGAAGAAGCUGCAGGGAUAAUGGGAGGAACGAGUAGUGAUAAUGGAGCGCAAGACAAGGCUGGGAUUGGAGAGAAAGCUGAUGUAGACCUGCAGAAAGCGCAUGGAAAUGCCGCAAAACCAGCAAAGGUUGUAGGAUUUCCAUCUCCCCUGAACAAGGCGUCAAAAAACGAGAGCACAGACCAGCUGGACUUAACCCCGACUGAAUACACUCUCCUGGACGGGGCUUUGAGAAACAGCCCUCCCUCUCGAUCCUCUCCAGAGAACCAGGCCCCUGUCAGCCCUGAAGAGCAGACCGUUGAGCCUGCAUCCCCUGAUUCACGGCCCAACAGCGCAGGCCACACUCCUUACUGUCUGUCCCCAGAUGAUGUUUGGUGCAAUAGGGCCACUCUCAACAGGUUACAGGCCCAGAUGGGUAACUUAGAGUCAGCUGAUGUCGACCAGCCAGAUGGAUCCUCCAAGCAAAGUGAGGGGCAGUCCAAAAGCAAUCCAGAGAGUCACACAAAUUCCAGAGAGAGGCAACUAAGUUUCCUUUCUUUGGGCUCAUUAAAAGAGGGAACUUCAGACCCCUCUCCCUCUUUCACUACCACCACCACCACCACCACCACUACACACUCCAUGCCAGCAGAGGUGAGCUCACCUCAGUCAACAGAAGUAGACGAAUCACUAUCCAUGUCCUUGGAGCAGGGACCAACCACUGUGAGCCAGAGAGAGGGGGAUGACAGUGCUCAUAACUCCCACUCCAAUGGGAGCCAUUUUGCUGGGAUGUCUUUACCGAUAAAGAAGCCUCCCAGAUCUUCAGGGCAGGGUUCAGAGAUGGGGCGGCCUCCAGCUCCUAAUACACUUCAUUUUGAGGCAUCAGCUCACGAUGUGGAUCUAUGUCUGGUUUCCCCCUGCGAGUUCAACCAUCUAAAACAUCCUGACUCCAGCUCGGGUGCUAGCGAGACCUCAAGAGGAGCUCUCACUCCACAUCAUCACGGCAACAACAACAAUAACCCCAAGGACGCGUCACCUAGUGAGUCAUGUGCCCCAGUGUGCACGGAGGACUGCCAGUCCACCACAGCAGAUGGAUGUCUGGACUCAGAUGAGGAUGAGUCGAGCAGUGAGCCAUCUAACUCUCCCGAUAAUAUCCGCUCCAGUCAGGCUUUGCCCCCAGACCCUCUUCCAGCCCCUCUCAAGGACAGUCCGCCUUUACCCCCACAUCCGGACACAUCCAUGCCCGUUCCUCAGUCUGAAUCCGACGCCACCGGGAAGAAAGCAAAAGCUACUGGAAUGCGGGGGAAAAAAUCUCCAGCGGUCGUUGAAGCCUCCCAAAAAUCAGGCUCAGGGAAAAGCAGGACAGGGAGCCAAAGUGAAGUCACAAAGGGGAAUGUCUCUUCUACUCGCACUCCUUCCUCCAGCACCCGCUCAGCACCAGCAAAAUCCGCUCCCAAUCCAGGCUCCAAGUCUACCUCUGUUGGCGAAGUCAGUGUAUACGUGGACCUGGCCUAUAUUCCCUCUGGAGCCUCCUCUCCAACAGUCAGUGUGGACUUCUUCAAAUGCGUUCGCUCCUCCUGUUACAUCAUCAGUGGUGACAGUCAGGAGAAAGAGGAGCUAAUGAGGCACACACUGGACGCGCUACUGGAUGCCAAGAUGUCCUGGCCUGACACUGUGCAGGUGACACUGAUCCCUACCUUCGAGUCGGCGCCGAUGCAGGAGUGGUACCAGCAGACCCUGGACAGACAGAAGGAGCUGGGCAUCACCGUUCUGGGAUCCAACAGCACUGUCGCCAUGCAGGACGAGACCUUCCCUGCUUGCAAGAUAGAGUUUUGAAGACUUAGGGAUGCAGCGAUGGAGGGUGAAUAUGAGCGGACGGAUAGAAAAGUGUGUGUAGAGAAAAAAAGAGACAGAGUUAACGGAGUGAAAGAAAAUUAGAAACAGAUAUUACGGGGAAAUAAAGAGAAUAUAUGAGCCCUUUCUGCACGAACACAAAUAACAUGGGACUUUCACCCAUUCCCCUUCUGGUAAUCACUUCUUUGUGGGCUACUUUUGCACCAAAAAGCCCUUCCUGUGGGGGAGUAUUGCAUGAUUUUUUUUUAGACCCAUGACCCUGUGCAAAACAGGAGAGGCGAUCACACUGGUUGCAAAAGAAGCAUGUUGGGCUGCAAACAUGUUGGAUCACGAACAUGAAAGCUGUGGUUUUAGAUUAGUCAAUAUAGAUAGCACACAUGGGGUUGAAGGCACUUUGUGUAGGCUUGUUUUAAUAAUCAUUUCAGUACUGAAGAGUGAUUGUAGUGUGUGUUACGUUAAAGGGCCCAUUUUGCUGCUUUUCAUGCCACAUUUACCAAUUAACGUCACUUUUCCAGACACUCCCAAAUGGCAGGAGUAUGCACACUUUUGUUUAUGAAAGCAUUGGUCGUAUUAUAUUGAUUUUAUUUAUAAAAAAUAUAUUUGUCUGAUUUGCACAGACAAUGUAUGUAUCGUAAAAAAGAGCUUCUUACAUUGUACCUGUAAUGAAGAGUUCCCAGUGUGUGGUCAGGUGUUUGUUGUGAUCACUGUAAGCGGACAAGAGGUGAGCUGUGGUGUGUGUUGUACCUGCUUUUAAAAAGUACUGUGCCUCCGUGGCUUCACUGUAGACCUUGCAAUCUCCGCAGAGCAAAUUGACGAGAUGCGACGUAUCUGAUGUUGAGUGAUAAUCUGAGAUUAUUGAAUCUGAGGGUGAAAAAACUAAUCUGUCGACAGGGAUUAGAGUACCAGAUUAAAUUUAGUAGCAUUAGAGCAAUCUUCUCAUAAAGAACGGUAAUGUCAUUGUAAUCAAUUACAGGAGCUUAAAAUCAUGCUAAUCAGGAAUCCGACAGCAAAUGCUUUUGUAAAAAUCGAUGUUCACUUGUUAUCUUACAAAAAAAAACACUUAAAGUGAUGACAUGUAUUUAGAUUGUUGAUAUGAUGGAUAUGAUCAUAUAGUUUAUUGUAGACAAAUAUUUCGCACAGCAUAAAAUCUUAUAUGAGUUUAAUAACAACUUUCUAUGCUGUGCUCUGUAAUUACGAAUAAAUUAGAUUGUACUAAGUAAUCCUUAUACCGAAACUGAAAUUACUGAAUGGCUGUAAUCAAAUCGACUGCAGUACACAAUAACACUUUAUUUUAUAAAGUCCCUAAUUUCCAAUAAAGUUUUCUAGAAUAAGGUUUAUAAUUUGUUAAUAGUUUUUGAUUAUUCCACAUAUAAAGGGAACAUUUUCCAAAAAGAAAUGAAAUAUUUAUUGUGGUCUAAAUGGAGCAGUUCUUUCAAGGAAAUUAUUCUGUAAAUAUACAUCUGCUUAAAUACAUAACUGAAUCAACUCUAUUUUCCCUUUAGUUCCAAAUUAUUAUGAUUUUUCCUAAACUUCAUAGGAAAUUAUGAGCACACAUAUGUAAUGUAACUGAUUAUAUUGUAAUCGCUCCAGAUCUGUUUGUCCACUGUUUUUUUUAAUUCUAUUUUAUUUUGUUCUAGUCUGGAUGUCCAAGAAUCGUCAUAAUCUGAUGAUAUGUAAAUGAAUCACAACUGAUUGUUUCAGUUCUCACAAAUGUGGCACACAGAGUUUCCUCAAAACCAAAGCAUGAGAUCACAAAGACGCCACCAAUCACUUUCCCCUAUGACCCCAAAUACAUUGAGGAAAAUUUAAUUUUGUUUCUCUAUCUCUAAUUUAUCUAAAAGACAUUUAUAAUUAUAUUAAUUCACAGUUGAACUUGUACUAUCCUUGAUAUUUGUUUUAUUUUGUAAAAUCAGAUUUAUUUUCUUUUUAUCACACUCUUCUGCAAAAGGCUGCCAUAUUAAAUGAUUUAUUGGCAUCGGGGGGAUGAAGUAGAGCUGUAAUCAUAGCUGACAAUUACUUGAACCCCAAGUUAGCAAAUUGAAUAGUACUAUGUGUAUGUGUCCCGCAUGUAUAAAAUACUGUGUGUACUGUAUGUUGUUUCAUUCAUGAUAUUCAUGAAGACAGAGAGUUAAGCAAUGUGGUAGAGCGUAGCGAUGGGAUGAACGUUGAAAACCUUUCACUUUGUAAUUGUCUCUAAGUAGUACAUAGAGUAACAAUGACAAAAUGUGUGGGUUGUGAGGCCGGGACUAAUGUAUGAAUAAAGAAUGUG